UUGUGGGUUGGAUCCUUUUUGGGUAACUACGUCCAGUUGACACAGUUGCGGGGUGGGCAGAGGGAACAUAAUGCUACAACGCAUGGUCCUGGCAGAGAAGCAAUAAAGAAAGCUUGUGCUUUGGCUUAUUUUGUACCUCAAGUGAAGAGUCACUUCCUAUCACUAUUUUGACAUUCUUAUUUAUUACUUAAGUAUCUGGAUAUAUUUAAUUAUUACUAUCGCCUUGCACCCACUCCCCUCCUUGUGCUUAAGUAAUCUAUUUUUGUAAUAUGCAAUAAAGUAUAUAUUAUUAUUAUUGUAAUAUUGUAAAUAGGUUGUGCCACCGGCAACGUUGCCGAGUCAGUGGUUCUCGAACGGGAAGCAGAGUCCACAUUAACGUUCGCGGAAGGUGCGAACAGAGCGUACGCCGGUCACAUGACGCUCAAGUUCUCACCGGACGCCACUAGCACUAUGCAACAUCACAAACACUAUUGUCUCGAAGUGUCCGACAACUGCUCGCCUACUAUUGAUCACUGUAUCAUAAGGAGUGCCAGUGUUGUGGGUGCAGCGGUAUGCGUUAGUGGUGCAGGCGCUAAUCCGGUAAUAAAACAUUGCGACAUCAGCGACUGUGAGAACGUCGGUCUGUACGUGACGGAUUACGCACAGGGAGCGUACCAGGACAACGAGAUAUCUCGCAACGCGCUCGCCGGCAUAUGGGUGAAGAAUUUUGCGAAUCCAAUUAUGCGUCGCAAUCACAUACACCAUGGACGAGACGUUGGCAUAUUCACGUUUGAAAAUGGACUGGGCUACUUCGAGGCGAACGAUAUUCACAACAACAGAAUCGCAGGUUUUGAAGUGAAAGCGGGCGCUAAUCCAACGGUGGUUCACUGCGAGAUUCACCACGGACAGACGGGCGGCAUAUACGUCCACGAGACCGGACUAGGACAGUUCAUAGACAACAAGAUACACUCUAAUAACUUUGCGGGCGUCUGGAUCACGUCCAAUAGCAAUCCCACCAUUCGUCGCAAUGAAAUAUAUAAUGGACAUCAGGGCGGCGUGUAUAUAUUCGGAGAAGGACGUGGACUUAUCGAGCACAAUAAUAUUUAUGGGAAUGCAUUAGCUGGAAUUCAAAUCCGCACAAACAGUGAUCCAAUAGUAAGGCACAAUAAAAUCCAUCACGGUCAGCACGGCGGUAUAUACGUACACGAGAAGGGUCAAGGGUUGAUAGAAGAAAAUGAAGUGUAUGCUAAUACGUUAGCGGGCGUGUGGAUCACUACAGGCUCUACGCCUGUACUGCGACGUAACCGCAUACACUCGGGGAAACAAGUUGGGGUUUAUUUCUAUGAUAAUGGCCAUGGAAAAUUAGAAGAUAAUGAUAUAUUUAAUCACUUAUAUUCUGGAGUACAGAUCAGAACAGGCAGUAACCCCGUAAUUAGAGGCAAUAAAAUCUGGGGCGGCCAGAACGGUGGCGUCCUAGUAUACAACGGGGGUUUAGGCUUAUUGGAACAAAAUGAAAUAUUCGAUAAUGCCAUGGCUGGAGUAUGGAUAAAGACUGAUUCCAAUCCUACCCUAAAAAGAAAUAAAAUUUUUGAUGGCCGAGAUGGAGGCAUCUGUAUUUUUAAUGGAGGAAAGGGCGUAUUGGAGGAGAACGAUAUAUUUCGCAACGCGCAAGCGGGCGUACUAAUCUCAACACAAAGCCAUCCAGUAUUGCGACGGAACCGGAUCUUCGACGGUCUAGCGGCCGGCGUGGAGAUCACUAACAACGCGACCGCCACCCUCGAGCACAAUCAGAUAUUCAAUAACCGGUUCGGUGGACUGUGUCUAGCGUCGGGCGUAUCGCCUUUAGUACGCGGCAAUAAGAUAUUCAGCAACCAAGAUGCUGUAGAGAAGGCGGUUGGCGGCGGGCAGUGCUUAUAUAAAAUCUCGUCUUAUACGUCCUUCCCGAUGCACGACUUCUACAGGUGCCAGACUUGUAAUACGACAGACCGUAAUGCGAUCUGUGUUAAUUGCAUCAAAACGUGCCAUUCUGGACACGACGUAGAAUUCAUUCGCCAUGACAGGUUCUUCUGCGACUGCGGCGCGGGGACACUGUCGAACCAGUGCCAGUUGCAGGGUGAGCCGACGCAGGACACGGACACACUGUACGAUUCCGCCGCGCCCAUGGAGUCGCACACGCUCAUGGUGAACUGAACCGCGCCGCUGCCAUCGCGACCACCGCCGCCGCCGCAGCCCCACCGCCCGACCGUACGCACCCUAACCUCACUUUAGUUGUAAAAGUACUUACGCAAAAUGGAUCCUAUUCAAAUGCUUUAUUUUACGAAACUUUGUCGUUGAUGCUAGAAAGCAAACAUGGAGUAACCCGCAAAACCAAAAUUAUAUGUUAUGAACAUCCAUGCUAAUGGAAAUGUUUAACACCAGGUUGAUUGAUACGGAAAUUAGUUUUUUUUUUUAUAUAUAUAAAUUAAACAUUUGUGCUAAACAAUUACAGUUUUCGGAGUUACUACGUGUUGGGUUUCUAGCUUCGAUGUUUGUACAGUUCGAUCGCAGAUUUUAGAAUUCGAUAAAUGACAAAUGACCCGGCACUACAUUUCUUUCACUCGUAUGCUAAAUUAUUGCUAUUCUACAGAUCUAGCUAAUCUCUCUCCGAUCGGCGACCGGGCUCUAUUAUUAUCGACUUUAUUAUCUGGCACGAAAAUAAAACUAAAAAAAAUAAAAAAAUAAUAAUAACCAUCUUAAGAUUCAUAACGCGUUUAAUAUUUUCAAGAAACUUAAUUAACAUUGAGCAGUUAAUAAAUCUAUAAAAAUCUCCCGCGUUCUGUAAUUUAUUUUCGUGCCAGAUACAAGUAUGCUUGUUUACUUCUCAUACUAUACAGCUAUUCGUCAUUUAAUGCUUUAAAAUCAUCAUGUCUAUCAAUUACUAUUUUUAUCAUUAUGUAUCGGAUCCUAUUAGCGUAACUGCAUCCAAUUGGGGACACGGUUUGACGAGACAGAUUUUCAUUUUUGAGUUUUCUUGAUAAUUUUCGACGGUUUCGUGUCGAAUUCGUAAUUUAUUUAAAUAGUAAUAUGUCGGCGUUAUAAACGCUGUAUUAAAAAAUUAUUUAGAAAAGAAUUCAAGAGCGGCUGUAAUUUAACGAUGGCAAACAUAGCAAAAACUUUGUAAAUAAUUGUAAUUAAUUAUUACGAACGUUGUUUAACGACGUCUAUGUUAAAAUUGAAAACUUGCCGCCUCAUCGUCACAUCACUAUCGGAGCUGCCGGUUAUCGUUAUCAUAAGGAAAUCGGAGCUUUGAACAUAGUGAAUAUUGUUUCUUAUCGAGAAUAAUCCUUAGAUAGAUAUCAAAGAAAGUCCUAGAACUAAACUAGGCAGCUUUCAAUAAUAUCAUUUGCAAUAAAUAGGGUGAUAAUAUAAAUUAGGGAAUGCCGAUUAAUUAUUGGAUUUGGAUGUGAGAUUGCGGGAUGAUAAUGCUCAGGGGUUUAGAGUGUAUUCUACAUUUUUAUUUGCACAUGAAAUUGCAUCAAUAGGUGAUUAAAAUAACAUGGUACAUCAUUUUAUUUGACGACUAAACAUUUUCAAUUUUAUUAAGCUCAUUCUACUGUCUGUUAGAUGACAGUAGAAUGAAUGAUUUACAAACUUCUGAUGUCCAUACAGCAGCACUAUAUGCAAAAUUUCCCCAGUACAGUUAGAAUUUCACUUUUAAGCUGUUAUUCUGGCGGCUUUCCUUCAAAUUUUGUUCCCUUAAAUAUGCAAUUUCAUUGCGAUAACAUUAACUAUUCUGAUGUAUUAUCGGAUAAAGGUUUUUUAUGUAGAAACAUAUCUAGACUUACCGCGGGAUCAUAUGAGAGUCUGUCUCGUGUUUCAGCUAUCGGUAGCAAUCAGCCCGCGUCCCAUUGGCGAGUCUUUCCCCCUUCAUUUAUUUUUAUUACGUAAGGUACCACCACCCUACUUCCCUGUAUGUUUACGACAACUACCACCGAUUUUGUCGGAAGUAUCCUCUCGCUUUGUAGUCGACAAAACUUUUCACUUUUGUAAAGCAACAUGCUAUCUGUAUAAUAUAUAAGAUUUUUCUUUGAAACAUUGGUACUUAAUUACGUAUUUUGUCAAGUAGUGUUAUGCAUUCCCAAAUUGUAAUCAUACUAUUGUAUCGAGAGAUCACACAUUGAUAUUUAGAAUAAUGUUAUUCGUUUUGUAAGAUGUAGGAACGUAUUAUAUAGUAUCUACUAUAGUUUCGUAAUUAUGAGGGAAAGGAUUAUUUUAUGUUUGCCUCGAAACGGUAGUUUUUUAUCACUUUAGUGACUAGUAUUCGAUCUGGUGACCGAGUCAGGAUAGUUUAUUUUGUAUUAUUUAUAAUUAUUAUGUCAAACCCUUUCAUUGCAAUGACGAGUUGUCUCGUCUGAUUACUAUAUAAUGCUAAAAGCGGCUGCCAUAAAAAAAAAUCCGCUAAUCCGUAAUUCAGUCACAUUACCUUUAUAAUACCAUAAUCUAAAAAAAUAUAACAUUGACCCAGAAUAGUCAUGUUAAAAUUAUGUUAUUACAUAGUGAAAACUCGUCUAAAGGGCUCCGUUGUAAGGGCGAUAUUGCCUUAUCUCUAAUACGGCAGCAAUAUUUUGUGUUCUUUUUAUGUGGAGUGCACUGAAAGGGUUAAUUUUUAUUCUUAUAACUGACACGAAUUAAUUUUAUUUUGAGCGAUUACCCUGUAGCUCUCCUGACAAAGUAGUCUUUGUUGAAACAUUUAUUGUUAAUGAAUUUAAUACGCGCAGCGUUGCAGUGUUUAGUCGGGGUAGGUGGCGUCGCUGGGCCACGCCGGAGCGUACAGGCGCAGUCGUAAUCUCGUCUAUGAGUCUGCCUCGCCUAUUUCGGCGCUCCUAAUGCGCUUUGUAAAUAUUUAUGUCACACAAUAAUCGAAAAAUGUAGCAAUUAAUGUAUUUGUAUCAUUAUAUUUUUAUUAUUGAUCACAACAUGUACGUUUAAUUAUGGAAUUAUAUACGCUCAGAGGGUUUACGCCCGACUUCGGGAUAUCAUGGCCGUUGCGCGUGCGCCGGCAUUUGUGUAUAAUAUGAUGCAAACUAAGAACGAAUGUGCGUAUUUAAAUGGAAAAGAUCUUAGGUACAAUUGAUAUUUUAUUAUAUUGUUAAUUUAAAUUUGGUAAUGAUAUCGACCGAGAAGCAAUGUUAAGAAACUGGGAUGCGCCGUGUGUGAGCGGCCAGAGUGCUGAUAGUGAUAAGUUUAGCCAAUAAGCUAUAUGAAAUCUAAAUUACUCAGUAAUCACUAUUGCAAGUUUCGAAUUGUUAAAUUGUCUCUCCAUAGCACGGUAUGUUCUGAAUCUGCUUUUUUAUAAUCCUCAAUCUGUGAUCAUCGCUAAAUGUGUAAGUGAAUUAUUUUAGUUGAAUCCCAUGUGCAGAUUAUUGUCAUCAUUUAUUAUGUCAUCAAAAUUAUUGUGGCGCCAAUGCUUUAUAUAUAUAUGAAUGUGAAAAUUGUUAUUUAUUGAAUUAUCAGUAUGUUCUUAAUUUAUUGAAAUACAAAUCUGGAUAUUUUGUUUAUACAUGAAAAUACCACUGUAAAAGCCGUGAUAUACAUAAUAUAAUAUUAUCAAUUAGAAUUUUAUUUCACGACCCUCACCACCAUUCGAUAGUCAUUUA